AUGACUUUCGAUGAGCAUUGUACUAAUGUCAACACACCCCAACCCGCCCCUACCUGCACAUCUUCUUUCGCUCGCCUUUAUCAUGCUUAUCCUUCACCCAUUCAUCACUCAGCAAGCCUCGCGCUUGCCUCAAAACACCAAGCCUUUUCGGCAGGGCUCACUUGUCCGGAGGAUACACCACUCAUCCUCGACGCCACCCCUUCUCUUAUCGUGAUGCCUGUUUUCACUGUUUACAUGGCGGAUAGAGCAAGUCCCUCUUUACACUAG